GUGAUAAAAGUAACAUUUGACAGGAGGUGGGAGGUGACGUCAGCACGGCCAGGCAGCAGACAGGCAGCAUUGGGACGUCAGCACCGGCAUGGAGGUGGAAGUAGAGGAGGUGGCCAAUCUUCUCUUCGAGGACGGGAUUCCUGACGGUUGGAAUGAGAAUGAUGACUUUCCUAACUACAUCAUCCAGCUGGCCUCCUGUGGUGUGGAGAAACUGGGCAAGGAGAGUGCACACCUGCAUGAAGAAAGGAAUGCCAUUUUGGAUCAGACCAAGGACCUCGCCUACACCAACUACAAGACCUUCAUCCACACAGCUGACUGUUCCAAGACCAUCUACAAUGAUUUUACCAGUGUGGAAAGUCACCUGGAGGGAUUGUCUUCCUGUCUUCCUAACCUGAGAACAAGUGUUGAGAGUUUCUUGGCCACUUCCAAGAACCUGGCCCAGUCAAGACACCUCACCUCACUCACUCUCACCAAACACACACAGCUACUUGAGAUUCUUGAACUGCCUCAGCUGAUGGACACCUGCGUGAGGAACGGUUACUAUGAGGAGGCUCUGGAGAUUGUGGCGUAUGUCCGGCGGCUGGAGAAGAAACACACAGACAUUCCUAUUAUUGUGGGCAUUGUGAAGGAGGUACAGGCAGGCACUCGCCUCAUGCUGAGCCAACUCCUCGCACAGCUACGCUCGCCCCUGGCACUGCCACAGUGCCUCAAAGUGAUAGGCUUGUUGAGGCGUCUUGAUGUCUUCACUGAGCCUGAACUGAGACUGAAGUUCCUCCAAGCUCGAGACUCUUGGUUUAAUGGCAUCUUAAAGAGCAUACCAAGGGAAGAUGCCUACCAGCACAUCAUCAAGGUGGUGGAGGCCUCCAGGGUGCAUCUCUUUGACAUUGUCACACAGUACCGUGCCAUUUUCUCUGAUGACGACAACAGAUUUGGUCUUGGGGACCCUGAGGUCAAUGAACAAGCAAUAUUCCAUGGCUGGAUAUUGCACAAGGUUAACCAGUUCAUCAGACUGGUGGAGAGGGACCUGCAGCGAGGAGUGGGUGGCAACCUGGAGGCUGUCCUGGCGCAGUGUAUGUUCUUUGGCCAGUCUUUCAGCCGCAUUGGAGCCGACUUCCGAAACCUCUUAAUCCCUCUAUUCCAGAAAGCAGCCUUGACACAGCUUGAAAAGGACAUCAGAAUUGCUAAUAUAAAAUUUGAUGAGACUCUGAGCUGUUUCUCUCUUAUGGAAGCCCAACAACUAAGUUCAUCUGCAACACUUCUGCCAGAAACACAGGACAAGACCAGACCACCUCUGUCUCUGAUGGAGUUUGCACCACUGGCUCACUACAUGAAUGGCCUGGUGGCCGCCUUCAACACCUUGCGGCAGUGUUGUCCUGUGGCCACUCUUUCAGGAGCCAUGAAGCUCAUCCAGCAGUCUCUUGGAAAAGUUAUUUCGGCUUUGCUUGAGCUGCACAGGUUGGAGAGUUCUGGCUUCACGGCACGAGAGGUGGCAUCAUUCCAGCGCAUGUGCUCUGUGGUGGCCAAUGACCUCUUCCCACACAUCAAUAAAUGUCUGCGCUGUCUGUAUCCUCUCCAGCAAAUAUCACUCAUCACUGGUAUUCCUGUUAACCAACUUCAGAGACAGAACUGUGGUCAGUUAAAAAGUGAGGAAUUACUUGCCCCUAUACGACAUCUGUUACCCGAGGUGGAAGAGAAAGUCCUCGACUUUAAUGUGAGAGAGACUAUCAUAGAAGAGAGAGGUUCUGACAUGGACUUGACACAGACAAUGCAGACAGACAUUUCAGGUGACAGACUAGAAACCCCAGCAGUAGUUCAGGCCACAGCUGGGGAUGCUGACCAGACUCCAGAUGUAACAGGAACAACCCAGGAGUUUGAAACUCCCAGCAAUAUAGAAACUUUUAAGGAAAAUACUAAAGCAGUGUAUACGUUAGGUCCAGACAAUGAAGAUACACAAAUUAUUUUAGUACAUGAUGAAAGACAGUCCUUAACUGAUGAGCCCUUGGUAAAUGAGGAAAAUGUGCCGGAAAAUGUGCCAUCCUCUCACAACCCACCUGUGCCAAUUCAAGACACGUCCAUAGUUACACCUGAUAGUGUCACCCAUACAAUUUCUUGAAUUACCAUUACUGUACAGAAUAUUAUUAUUAAUCCAUGCCAUACAAGUUGGUAAAUGUACAAAAAAAAAAGUUUACCAACAAAAAAUGAAGGAACAGGGCAAAACACAAGAAAAAUUUCCCAGUCUCUCAAACAAAUGUACACCUUCAGUGCAGGAAAACAUUGUGCAGUUUGAAUUUUUUUUUAUACACAUCUUUUUUACAAAAAUCGUUAUUUUUCCCUACUUACGUUAUUUAUUGUGUUCUGGAUCCUAAAAAUUACUCUGGCUCAGUACUUCCUGCAAACAUGGGGGCAAUACAAUGCUUUAGCUGCUAAUUGGCCUUGCUUGCACUAAGUGUCUUUAAAAACAUGCAGUUGCAUUCCUAUUGAAACCAUUUUUGGACUACCAUACUAACUAACUUUUGGAUAAUGUAGUACUUUCACAAAUAGGGAUAGGAAUACUACAGUUAUAUCACUUAAAAUCUUUUAAAAAUGGGACUUUGCAAGCUAAUCAGCAGCAAGAGCCACCUUCCUAGUGUGUUCCAUUACCCUGUACUGAGAACAUCCAGUCAGAUGUGUGGAUCACACUUACAACACCUUGCAAGUGCAGGGAAGGAGUGAACACUACUGUGGUGAGUGGUGGCAAAGGUUGGCAUCUAUGCAGACCUUGCCCUUACACUUGUUAUUGUCAGCAGCAUUUUCACUACAACAUAAUAAAUUUGAUGUUAUGCUACUUUUCCUUUUUUCUCAUUGAUGUGUGUGUGACCUUGUGAUUCUGAAGAACCUCAAUUGUGUAAUAUUGCUGAAAAAUAUAUGAAUAAUUUCU